AUGAUGCCUGGAUCCAGCGAUGGCGAGAGUAGCAAGACAAGAUCAAGUACUAGUAGUGGUGGUACCAUUCAUCGCGAAUAUGAUAACUCAAAAGAUUUCUAUCCUAUAAACCUCGAGGCAGUAGCAGAUCUGUCACUUUAUUACCGACUCAGCCAGAAAAAAGCAGCACCGUGUAGAAUCAAUCGCGCGACCAACUGGAAUUCAUUUUACGAUAUGAUUCUUUACAACCUGCUUACCGUACCUGGCACGAAGUCGGAAAAAAAUGACUUUUUCACCGACCGAGGAUUCUCGUGGGUUGAAUCAGGAAAGCAGGGGGUUGAUGAAGUUAUGAGAUUUGUAACUACGGCAGCAGUAGAAAUCUUAAAGGACAAAGGAAUCCAUGUCACAUUUUCACAGCUACCAGGUAUUGAACAAAUAGGUAAGCCCUCUAUGUCACUUUUUACCAACAUUAGUCCUUGUCACCGCCCCUUAUUAGUCGGACUGCAUUAUAUUUAUGAACACUACCCGAUGAUAUCAACUGACGUGUGUUUCAACAUGCACAUAGAGGAUUGCGAAAACGACAGUCGCAAGUUUAGCGAUGAUUAUCCUAGUUAUAUUAGCAGAAUUCGAGAGCUUUACUCUCAUAUGCUUUUGAAUAAUCUCCGCUAUGGAUACAUUUCUACUGGUUCUUUUACUAGGUUCAUCAGAAGGACUGAAAUAGAAUCCUGCAUUGAAAUUUCUCCCGCAAUUCCCCUUCAAGCGUCAAAGCCUUAUACUAUAGCUGAGAUUUUUGCCGCUGUAUCCAGACAGUGUAUUGUCGGAGACUUUGGCGAUACCAAUAUCAGGAACGACUACUACCUUGAGCAUGAACAGAAUACAUUUGAAUUUCAACCGGAAACCUUGCCUGAACCAGAUAUCUUUAGCUUGAAAAAGCGCGACCCUACGAUUCCUGGUAAAACAAAGUGGUGGAGGGUAAAGAGGCAGAGAGAUAUAAUAUUUAGACUCAAAUUUCUUAAACCGAACCAGCCACUUCCUCUGAAUAGCGAGCAGCCCUAUAAAUGGGGUAUCAGCUUUGGUGUCAUAACUAUGAUACCACCAGUACCUAUCUCUCCAGAGUCACCAGGGACAGGACUACCUCUUGAUAUAACAUGCCCCGCAGUCUUAAAAUGUUGUAAUUACAAGGCCGAAGAAAGCCCAGAGAGGUUGUGUGCUUUAGCACGAGAAGCAUCCAUGUACGAAUAUCUCGAGUGGUGUAAAAUAGAAAGUGUUCCAAGACGCUACAUCUAUGGUGACGUCCUGGGAUUUCUAAAAAUCUUAGCUUUGGAACCCGUGGGUCGUUCAAUAAGACCAAGUGAUAUAAAUGGAGCAGUUAUUGAUAAGAUGAAAGCAGCGACGUCAGAACUCCAUCGCCAUAAAAUCUUACAUCACGACAUACGCCUAUCCAACUACUGUAUUGAUGACGACAAACGUAUCCGAAUUAUUGGCUUUUCAAAAGCCAAGCGCUACCACAACCUUUACGACAUUGCAAUUCAGCAUGAGAUGAAUGCCUUGGAAGAUAUCAUAACCGAAGGGCUGGCCGCUGCCAGCGAGGUUUCUGAGUAA